GUUUAGUUGAUGACACUUGGACUGCCUGUAUCUUGUACUUCAUAUAAUUUUGAUUGGAUGACUACACCUGUUCUAAUGUACUUUUUGAAUCAAACCUUGCCAUAUGGCGAUAGCACACGCUUAAUGCAGAAUUAAUUUAUAUAAAAAACUAGUUUAUAAUUAGAUCGCUGAAAUGGCGCCGCAAUUGCGAAUUUUAUCUAAUGUCAUAGAGCGUUUAAAAAAUAUAAAAGAUGGUGUAACAGGUCAUUUAUAUGGUGUUAUGUAUAAUAACACAUUAACAGUAUUGACAUUCAGCGUACAUAUAGCAGAUAAUGUUGAAGCCAACAUAAAUCAUACGAUGUUACAAUUACAUAUGUCAGCAGAAGUAUACCUUUGUGGUAUUUUACAUGUGGGUCAAUGUGAAGAAAAACUUUCUGAUGCGUUUCAGGACAUUGAUAUCACAGAUAAUCCAUUAUUUUUGAAGUAUACACAUGACAAUUUAAAGAUACAGGCGUAUUUUUAUAUUCAUUUAAAACUUGAACCUGUUACUGAUAUAAAUGUCAUUAAUGAAAAUGAUAUUUGUCGAGAAUUUAUUUAUAUUAGGUUAAGAGGAAGCCUGCCAUUAAUUGCACAAAAUGAUAAUAUAAUGGAAGUGUUAGAAGAAUCAAGAAAAAAUAUUGUAUCAGGAAAAGUAGGAAUUCAUUUUCCAUCAAAAAAUGCUUUCCUUUUUAACAAUGAAAAUAUUGAGAAAGAUAUAUCUUUAAGAGAAAUUCUAGACAUAUCUGAUUAUGAAGGAAAUAAAAAUGUGAAAAAAGCUGUGAGAGCUAUGGGAAUGGAGGAUGCUGUAAAUGCUUAUAUACUUUUAAAAAUAUCUGGAGACAGACUUUCUGAAGAAAAUGUUAAAUAUGCUCCAGUACUUCAUUAUAUAAAACGACCAUUUAAUAGUUUGGAAUGUAAUUUAUUUAUUGAUACGCUAUCAUUGGUCAACCUCAAUGUAAGUUCAGCAGAUCUGUAUGGCAUAUUGGUAGAAUCUAUGUGUCGAAGUAUUAAAUUGAUAGAAAAAUGUUUUGAAAAUCAACUGCAAAAAUCAGAAACAUCUAUAAAACUUCCAGUACCCAUACAUUUCAAACCUCAAGGUUUUGGGCAUCUGAUCACAGUAGUUUAUCCAAGUGGUUAUAGUGAUAAAGAAACAAUGGAAUAUCGUGAAAAUUUACAUAAAAUUUUGGGAUUAGAUAUGACUAGGCCGUAUUUUCGUUAUGCAAAUGCUGUGAAAUUUGAUAAUGAUUCAGAAACAGAGAGUAUACUUAGAAAUCCUCACGAAGCAAUUUCGAUAAAUGAUGAUACAAUAAAUGGUAAUCGAAAAGUACAACUUGUACAAGGUUCAUAUAUGUAUCAUCAUUAUAUGCAAGAUAAUUUUGAUGAUAAUGGUUGGGGAUGUGCAUAUAGAUCCUUACAAACCAUUAUUUCAUGGUUCAGGUUACAAGGUUACACUGAAAUACCAAUACCUUCCCAUCAUGUAAUACAGAAAUGUUUAGUUAAUAUAGGAGACAAACCUGCAAAUUUUAUUAAUAGUAAACAAUGGAUUGGCUCUACAGAAGUAGGUUUUGUAUUGGAAAGUCUUUUGGAUAUUAGUGUUAAAAUACUCUGUGCAUCUACAGGCGAAGAAGUAUCAUCAUUAGCUCCAAAUCUACUACAUCACUUUCAGACACAGGGUACACCAGUAAUGAUUGGUGGAGGAGUGUUAGCACAUACAAUUUUAGGAGUCAGCUAUGAUCAAAUUACUGGAGAUGUUAAAUUCUUAAUUUUGGACCCUCAUUAUACAGGUCGUGAUCAUUUACCAAGUAUAAUAAGCAAAGGUUGGUGUGGAUGGAAAUCAAAAGAUUUUUGGAAAAAAGAUGCAUUUUACAACAUGUGUCUUCCUCAGAGGCCAGUAUGCAUCUGAUCAUGUUAAAUUAAAAAUUCAAUGCAAGUUAUGCAUAGUAACACUGGCAAUGUUCAGAAAUAUUUAUUAAUUAGAGAAUUCAAAAUAAUGUAAUACAUAUAUGUUUGAAUACACAGAUAAUAUAUAUUAUAUAUAACAUGUACUAGAUUAUAUAUAAUAUAUAGAUAUAUAUCGCGUUAAAAUGGACAUACAACUUACACAAAAUGUAUAUGCAAAUUCUAUUUUGUUAUACAACUAUUUCCAUAUAAAAGUUGGUGUGUCCAUAAUUGUUGAGCUGAAAAAACAUUGUUAUUUAUAUUUAUUUUUACUUUAUAAUUGAUAUUAAUUGCAUAUUGAGUGCAUUUUCAAUAUAGUACUAUAAACAAAUCGGAAAACAUAAUAUUUAAUCUUAAGAUACAAAUAACCAUUCCAAUUUCCUACAUUAAUAUUCUAAAGUAAACUGUUUCUGUAUAAAUUGAUACUUCUAUUCUAAAAUUUUCUAUUCUUUCAUGAUUAACUUUUAGUUUUUGAACAAUUCUUCUUUGUUGAAAGCAAGUAAAAUAUAUUCUAAUUUUUGCAAAAAAUAUUAAAUACUACUGUAAUAAACCUACAUUUAGCUGAAAUAUAUAAAAUAUCUUUUAGUUCAAAUGAUUCAUGUACAAACUAAUCUUCAAUACUUUGUGAAUUUGAAUUAGUAAAUUAUCAGACAUUCAAAAAUGAUACCUAUAUAUUAGUCCUAUAUAUUUCAAUUAAAAUAUAUAUUUUCGAGAAUAUUAAAGAAUUUAAAUGGAGUUACAUCUCUUGCACUAUAUUUUUCCUAAGACUUGAAUAUUUUCUGGUUAUUUAUUCCAAAAGCAAGUGCUCUUCUUUAUAGGAUUAUCAUUACAAUUCCUUAAACUCAGUAGAAAAUUAUUAAGUUUGUCAUAAAUAAAUUUACAAAUUAAAUGUUUAAACAUUUAUCUAAAUUAUUAUUGCUCAAGCAAGUGUAUUUAAUCAUCUUCUGUAGCAAAAGAGAGAUGCAACUUCCUUUAAUAAAUUAAUGAAAAUUAAAAAUAAUUGCAUUGCUAAAUUUAUUUUUUGAAUUCCCCAACAAUGAGAUUCAGCAUUUCAAAUAUUUGAAUAUAUAAACUGAAAGUUAAAUACUUUAAGUGCAAAAACACUUACAAUGUUAUUUCUACCAAUUAGGAGAUUCUAAUUUUUUGUUGACAUCCUUACAUAAUCAGAAGAAUUUUCUAUAGAUUUUUUAGUUUAUAUAUAUAAAUGCAGUUAAUUGCACUACUUAUAUUCAACAUAAUUAUUAUAGUCUUAGAAGUUAUUCAAUAUGCAUAAUGUGAUAUUAAAAUAGCAUGUAUCACUUGAAAAAAAGACAUGCUUGUUAUAACAUCGUAGUUGUUAUAUAUUAUAUUUCUAUAGUUUUCAAACAAAUUGAAAAAUUUUGCAGCUAUUUGUAAGUUAAGAUGUACAUUUUGUAACAUAUACAUUGAAUUUUUGUAUAAAUAUAUUUAAAAAAAUGAUUUUGUUAAAGAAAAUACAUAAUUCCUUUUGUUAUUUGACCAAUAUUAAGUAAUGUUUUAUUUUCAACACAUAUGUGUGUGCGCAAACACUUGUUUCAAUAUAUAAAUGAGAUAAAAAGAGCUUUAUUUAAUAUAUUUGGUAAUGACAAUGCAACUAUUAUAAGCACAAUUUGUUUAAUAUUACAUGUUUCCUACAGAUUUUUGUAAAAUUUGUGCAAAACGAUUUGUAAUUAAAAGCGAAACAUCUAUAAAUCUAUCAACACAAUUA